AUGGAGGACUGCGACCUCAACCAGUACAGAGACAUGAUCAUCGAAGGAGACCUGCCGCUGGACCUCCGGCCGCCGCCGAGGCUCUACAUACCGCACUACCUGCGAGACGACCGCGAGGAGUAUCAACAGGACGAUACAUACGUAUCAGUGGACGAAGAUACACCCGAACUACCGCCGCCGUCGAGCGACUCAGACAGAUACGACGCCUCGAGUCCCAGCGAGUCCAAGCCGAGCUCCCCGAAGAAAUCCAAACAGAAGUCUUCGUCGCAACUCAUCAAACCGCCGUACUCAUACAUCGCCCUGAUCACAAUGGCCAUCCUCCAGUCGCCGCACAAGAAGUUAACGCUAAGCGGGAUCUGUGAGUUCAUUAUGACCAGAUUUCCAUAUUACCGUGAAAAGUUUCCAGCGUGGCAGAAUUCCAUCCGUCACAACCUCAGCCUUAACGACUGCUUCAUCAAAAUUCCCCGCGAGCCAGGUAAUCCGGGGAAAGGGAAUUAUUGGACGCUUGACCCUUUAGCGGAGGAUAUGUUUGAUAAUGGCAGUUUCCUCCGCCGUCGGAAGCGAUACAAGCGCCCGGCGCCGUCCCUCCAACACGCUCAUGCAGUGGUCGCUAUGCUGGCCCGGGAGGCCUACGCUCCUCUGCUGCCUCUACCGUGUUAUUUGCCGCCGUCGCCUCUCUUAUCGUUGCCGCGUCCACCGCCGGCGGCGUUGCGUCCCGUUCCUUUGCCGCCUCGAGUCCCGGAGACAACAGAUACAAGAGGGAAGCGAUCAAGAAACGGUUUUUCUAUAGAAUCUAUCAUCGGUUCUCAGGAGAACCACGUCAGCGAGCCGCGACGUAGCGCUUUCUCGCCGCUUCAUCUCGGUAACGGCCCGCCCGACGACUGGGCCAGAUGA